UUAUGCUGUUGUGGCUGCGACAACCAGUUUAACGAGUUCCAACCUAAACGGUGCUGUUCUCCUCCGGUACGAGGCGGAUUCAAGCUUCACCCGCGACCGACUCCCUCUGCUCCGGUGACGGACCUGAACCAGCCGAGCUCCACCAUGAACCCCGAGUAUGAUUAUUUAUUCAAACUGCUGCUGAUCGGUGACUCUGGCGUCGGGAAGUCUUGUCUCCUGCUGCGGUUUGCAGAUGACACGUACACAGAAAGCUACAUCAGCACCAUCGGCGUGGACUUCAAGAUCAGGACCAUCGAGCUGGACGGAAAAACCAUCAAGCUUCAGAUUGUAAGAGACGCGGGGUCACCGGGUCGUGAACUGAUCAGCAGCGCCACAUGGUGGUUGUGUUUGUGUAUGACGAGCUCUGCUUUGUUUUACCAGUGGGACACGGCCGGUCAGGAGCGAUUCCGCACCAUCACUUCCAGUUACUACAGAGGAGCUCACGGCAUCAUCGUAGUUUACGACGUAACAGAUCAGGAGUCCUUCAACAACGUCAAACAGUGGCUACAGGAGAUCGACCGCUACGCCAGCGAGAACGUCAACAAGCUGCUGGUCGGUAACAAGUGUGACCUCACAACGAAGAAGGUGGUGGAUUACACCACAGCUAAGGAAUUUGCCGACAACUUGGGAAUCCCCUUCCUGGAGACCAGUGCCAAGAGCGCCACCAACGUGGAGCAAGCCUUCAUGACCAUGGCGGCCGAGAUUAAGAAGAGGAUGGGCCCCGGGGCCACGACCGGCGCCUCUGAGAAAUCCAACGUCAAGAUCCAGAGCAAGCCCGUCAACACCUCGUCCGGCGGCUGCUGCUGAGGCCAGAAAAAAACCAAACGCCACGACAUUCGAAUCAACCCCAGAGCCCGAGACCAGUGUCAAUGUUACGACGCUCCACAAGGAAAGACAACCAGAGGGGGGAGGGGGGGGUGAGGGUGGACAGGAAGGAGGACGAGUUUGUUAUUGUGCGUGCAGCUACGACACCAGAUCUCCGCCCCCAACCUUUCUAAAUCAGCAAUAGGACGGUAAUCUCCGCUAGCGUUUUUUCAUCCUACACCAAAUCAAAGUCUAACGUUUUUAACAGUGACAGGAAUUCACUCGUCUUUCUUUUCUCUCACUCCACUUUUCCUCCGCUCCUCCCUCUCUUCCACCCUCCAAACAUCGAGUCCUCUUUGUUUGGCCGCCGCCCGAACACGAGUCGCUGAGCACCUUGAAUGAAGCACAUGCUUAAAGACCAGCAUCACGCAUGUUAGAGCCAAUCACACGCCCCCUGUUGCGUCACCUGCUCCAACGUCGCCCCUGACAACCACGUGCCAGUGCCUUCGUGGCCGGAGACGACGUCGCGUUCUUGUGUCGUCAACAUCUUCCCCUCGCGUGUCCACAGUCGUGAUUUGUGAACGAGCCCAGUUUGUAUGAUAGUUAACAUUCCUGUACACACACAGUACGUGUCGGGCUCUGCGUGUGCUCUGCUGGUCGUCAUGUGUUAAGCGUGUGCUGCAUUGGGAGACGUGUCGUCGGCCGUGUUGAUUUCUCUGCUCAUGUUUCUCAGCACAACCACAGUAACGAACCUAUAAACUGUAUAUAUUUAUACAUACGUGUAACAUGUGAUCUGCAGAUUGUGUAGGGAAGCGAAUGACAUGAAACAUAGCUGAAUUAGUUCCACACGUGAUCGGUGGCUGCGGACAUAACAUUUUUGUGGCACAAUGUCUACUAUUAAAACAAUGAAGGAGAUCUUUGAUAAGUGCUGCUGCUGCCGUGUGGUUUUUUACUUCUUCUCUGUUCAACCUUUGUUUUCACUGAAACAUAAUCUGAGAGGAAUGAUGACCUCUGACCUACAUUGGUCAGAAACGUACUCAGUGGCCUCUUUAUUCCGACCACGUGUCUUUACAAAGUUUCACUGAAAUACUUCUGACCUGCUGCAGGUUUAACAUCGUCCAGAGCAGGUUUCUACUGAUUUUAGUGAAACGGUUUGGUUUUUAAGAUGCUGCAGUUUAAUCUAAUGAUUCUAAUCAAGACAAGAUCCAACCAUUAAACAACGAGCUCAAAGAAUUUCCAGUUUAAAACCAACACGAGGAAACAUGCCAGUCUGAAAGUUCAGUUCAGUUUUUCUUCCACGUGUGACACAUCUUCACAAACAGUUUAAUAAAAGAUCUUUGUCUGUGUCA